UUUACAAAGAGCAUUUGAUCAGAUUAAGACUGCCCUGACUAGCGCCCCAGCCCUGGGGAUUCCAGAUCUAAACAAGCCCUUUACUCUGUUUACCUCAGAAAGACAGGAAAUAGCCCUGGGAGUUCUCACCCAAAAAGUAGGGCCAAUUCCUAGGCCAGUGGCAUAUCUCUCCAAGCAACUGGACCCAGUGGCCUCAGGAAGGCCAGGCUGUCUGAGAGCUGUAGCAGCCACAGCCCUGCUAGUUGAAGAGGCCACAAACCUCACCAUGGGCCAGCUCUGGAAGUACUAACCCCACAUCAGGUACAGGGAGUAUUAGAAAUUAAAGGGCAUCAAUGGCUGACUGGGGGACACCUCACAAAAUAUCAGGCCCUCCUUCCUGACUCUCCUGAAAUAACUCUUAAAGUAUGUCAGACCUUAAAUCCAGCCACCCUUAUGCCAAUAGAAAGCUCAGAGGAACUGGCUUAUUCUUGUAAUGAGACCAUCGAGCACGUAUAUUCUAGCAGACCAGACCUUAGGGACCAGCCCCUCGAGGACCCCGAUGCUGUCUGGUUUACUGAUGGGAGUAGCUACAUACAUGAUGGCAUCCGAAAAGCAGGGUAUGCCGUAGUGGACUUACAUAAAAUCAUAGAGGCAGAUGCUCUGCCACCUCAGACCUCGGCACAAAAAGCUGAACUUACAGCCCUAGCUGGAGCUCUAAGACUAGGAAAAGACAAGAGGAUCAAUAUCUAUACAGAUUCUAAAUAUGCAUUUUUGGUGUUACAUGCUCAUGCUGCCAUUUGGAAACAUAGGGGACUCCUGACUGCAUGGGGCUCCCCAGUCCAGCACUGCCAGGAGAUCUUAGAGCUCCUAGAUGCAAUACAAGACCCCAAGGAGGUAGCAGUGAUCCACCGCAAGGGACAUCAAAAGGCAAACUCAGAUAUAGCAAGAGGAAAUAACCUGGCAGACAGAACAGCAAGAAAAGCAGCUCUUAAAGCCUCUUCAACCCAAGCUGCCUUGCUCCCCCAUAUACCAACCCCCAGCCCACUUUCACCACCUCGGUAUACAGACAAAGAAAUAAAAUGGGCUAAAAAUAGAGGAUACCAAAAGGGCCCUGGUGGUUGGUGGAUUAAGGAACAGACAACAAUGCUGCCCAGAGCAUUACAGUGGAGAAUUUUAAAGUCACUCCAUGACUCCUCUUAUCUGGAGAAGGAUGCUUUGACUAGCUUGGUAGAAAAAGUUUUCUCGGGCAUGGGCCUUCCUCAGACUAUCUCAGAAAUCACGAAGGCCUGCAAUAUAUGUUACUAUAACAACCCAGGGGGAAAACUUCAGCCCCUCCCCUUCUCCAGCCUAUCCAAAGGAGAGAAACUUAUUCAGGAGAGGACUGGCAAAUAGACUUUACCCAGAUGCCAUCCUCCCAGGGAUAUAAAUACCUUCUGGUUUUUACUGACACUUUCACUGGAUGGGUGGAAGCCUUUCCAAUGAGGACUGAAAAAGCUCAAGAAGUCAUAAAAACAUUAUUAAAAGAAAUAAUUCCUCGGUUUGGACUCCCACGGUCCUUGCAAAGUGACAGUGGCUCUUCUUUUGUGGCUAAAAUUACGCAACAAAUUUCUACAGCCCUAGGCAUUUGCUACCACCUCCAUGCUGCCUGGAGGCCUCAAUCAUCAGGAAAAGUAGAAAGGGCAAAUCAAACCUUAAAAAGAAUCCUGGCUAAGCUUUGUCAAGAAACAUCAGAACCAUGGACACAGCUCUUACCCAUAGCCCUCCUGAGAAUCAGGGU